AUGUCUUCCUCCAGCAACCCGCAUCGUGCCGAGAUCGAACAGUUCCGGCAGAAAGUCAGCCUCUUGCUUGUUAAGCAGCUGCAGAACGUAUGCUCGAUUGCUGGUCUGAGGACAAGCGGUAUCAAGGCCGAACUGCAAAGGCGUAUCAUGUACGGUAAGGGCGCCCUCUUAUUGCUUUGCGCGCAAGGCAUUGGAACACGAAGAGAUGGAAGUUUGGGUUGA